AUGUGGCUUUAUACUUUGGUGUUAGCCUUUUCAUCUGCUUGCACAACUUGGGGACACCCGUCCUCGCCCCCCGUGGUGGACACGGUGCACGGCAAAGUCCUGGGGCAGUACGUCAGCCUGGAAGGAUCUGCGCAGCCCGUGGCCAUCUUCCUGGGCGUCCCCUUUGCCAAGCCCCCUCUUGGGCCCCUGAGGUUUGCUCCUCCGCAGCCGGCAGAGCCCUGGAGCUCUGUGAAGAACGCCACCUCCUACCCUCCUAUGUGUUCCCAAGGUGCAGUGGCGGGGCAGUUUACCCGAGAUCUCCUUACCAACAGGAAGGAGAACAUUCUCCUCCAGUUCUCUGAAGACUGCCUUUACACUCCUGCAGACCUGACCAGGAGAAACAGGCUGCCGGCGAUGGUGGGGAUCCACGAAGGUCUGGUGGUGGGCAGGGCAUCCACCUAUGAUGGACUGCCCCUCUCUGCCCACAAAAACGUGGUGGUGGUGACCAUCCAGUACCGCCUGGGCGCCUGGGGGUUCUUCAGCACCAGGAAUAAGCACAGCCCAGGGAACUGAGGUCAUCUGGACCAGGUGGCUGCUCUGCGCUGGGUCCAGGACAACAUUGCCAGCUUUGGAGGGGACCCAGGCUCUGUGGCCAUCUUUGGAGAGUCAGCAGGAGGAGACAGUGUCUCUGUUCUUGUGUGGUCUCCCCUGCCCAAGAACCUCUUCUUGGAGCUACCCUUGCCUGUGCUGCCAAAGAUGCCUGAAGAGAUUCUGGCUGCAAAGAAUUUCAACACCGUCCCCUCUGCAGUGGGCUUCAACAAGCAAGAGUUUGGCAGGAGCCUUCCAGUGAUGAUGGGCAUCCCACCCUCUGAAGGCAAGCUGGACCAGAAGACGGCCACGUCGCUCUUGUGGAAGGCCUACCCCAUUGUUCAGCUCCCUGAGGAACGGGCUUCAGUGGCUUCUGAGAAGUAUUUAGGCAACCCUGCCACAAAGAAAGACCUUUUCCUGGACUUGCGGGAAGAUGUCAUGUUUGCUGUCCCCUCUGUGAUGGUGGCCCGUGGACACAGAGAUGCCGGAGCCCCCACCUACAUGUAUGAGUUUGAGUACGGCCCGAGCUGCUUAUCAGACGUGAGACCCAGCACGGUGACGGGAGACCACGGGGAUGAGCUCUUCUCGGUAUUUGGAGCCCCAUUUUUAAAAGGGGGCGCCUCCGAAGAGGAGACCAAGCUCAGCAGGAUGGUGAUGAGAUUCUGGGCCAACUUUGCUCGCCAUGGGAACCCCAAUGGAGCCGGGCUGCCCCUCUGGCCAGAGUACGACCAGGAGGAAGGGUACCUGCAGAUUGGCGCCACCACCCAGGCAGCCGCGCGGCUGAAAGACAAGGAAGUGGCUUUCUGGACAGAGCGCAGGGCCAGGAAAUGUCCCCAGAGAGAACUUGGGGAGCUGUGACGGGAGGCUGAGCCAGCCUUGGGAUUCUGGAGCAGAGGACAGGGGUGCGCAGGCCACCGAGGAGUCCUAACGUGGAGGCUGGGGACUGUGGGGUGGGGUGGCAGAGGCCUGGGUGGGGAAGGUUUGCACUGUGGCCUCAACUUGGAGAAUAAAUGAUUUUUGGAGACCA